AUGUGGAAAAGCAAGAUGCCUCUGGACAUAGUUGGCAACCAGAAGGGAAAGUCAUGUCACAGCCAAUCUGAAACUAAUCUGAUUGUGACUCAUAACAGAUUAGCAGAGCAGACAGGAAAAUCCAUAGAAUUAGAAAGUCAGAGUAGUCCUUACUUGGGAGGUAGUGGACGGGCACCUCGCCAGCCACACGUGCCUGAGUGGAAAAGAAAAAAACACUUCGCCAACCUGCUAUCCCAAAUGGAACACGCCAUGGAAACCAUGAUGUCUACGUUUCACAAAUUUGCCAGGUACAAAAGCUACUUAACGAAGGAGGACCUUCGAGUGCUCAUGGAAAAGGACUUCCCUGGGUUUUUGGAAAAUCAAAAUGACCCUCUGGCUGUGGACAAAAUCAUGAUGGACCUGGACGAGUGCCGAGAUGGCAAAGUGGGCUUCCAGAGCUUCUUCUCACUGAUCACAGGCCUCACCAUUGCGUUCAAUGAUUAUUUUGUAGUAAACAUGAAGCAGAAGGGAAAGAAGUAG